GAGCACGGUGGCGCUGCAAGUCAAAGCGGCCACGUCUCCGCUCCCCGCCGCCGCACAUCUCCCCUACCUCCGUCUGCGCAGCACAGGAGAUCUAUCUAUUCAUUCACACCUCUUCCCCCGCCGCUCUCCGCUGCACUGACCGGCACCGGAAAAGAUAGAGACUCCCCGCGCGCAUCGGCUGGCUCCUGGUUCCGUCCGCCGUCCCCCCACUGCCCGCUUCUCCCGAUCCCCUCUCGAGGUAUACUAGUUUAGUUGCCUGGCUGGCAUGGCUGCUGAAUCCCAGACCGAGAGUGGCAACUGCAGUGCCUGGGCGGCAAAAGAUCCUUCUGGAGUACUCUCCCCACACAGUUUCAACCGUAGGACUGUGCGACAUGACGAUGUUUCUUUGAGGAUCACGCAUUGUGGUGUCUGUUACGCUGAUGUUAUCUGGACAAAAAAUAGGCACAAUGACUCGGUGUACCCUUUAGUCCCUGGGCAUGAAAUUGCUGGAGUUGUAACUGAGGUUGGUUCAGAUGUCAAGGGCUUCAAACUGGGCGACCAUGUGGCUGUUGGGACAUAUGUCAACUCAUGCCGCGACUGUGACAACUGCAAUAGCUUCCUCGAGAACCACUGCUCAAAAUUUGUUUUCACUUUCAAUGGUGUUGAUACGGACGGUACUGUCACAAAGGGAGGAUAUUCCAGUCACAUUGUAGUUCAUGAAAGGUACUGCUAUAAAAUACCUGAUGGUUACCCACUGGAGAAGGCAGCACCGUUAGUUUGUGCUGGAAUCACUGUGUACACUCCGAUGAUGCGACAUAACAUGAAACAGCCGGGAAAGUCACUUGGUGUCGUUGGUCUUGGUGGGUUGGGUCACAUGGCAGUGAAAUUUGGGAAAGCCUUUGGACUGAAGGUGACUGUUCUUAGCACAAGUGAAUCAAAGAGAGAUGAAGCAAUCAGCCUUCUUGGUGCAGAUAAUUUUGUGGUAUCAUCAGAUAUAAGACAGAUGGAGUCCCUGAAAAAUUCUCUGGACUUCAUUGUUGAUACUGCCUCUGGUGACCACCCAUUUGACCCGUAUCUCGCGCUUCUGAAAGUUGGUGGCAUAAUGGCACUAGUUGGCUUUCCUGGAGAAAUCAGAGUGCAUCCUGCGACACUUAAUCUGGGUGCACGGACUUUAUCUGGCAGUGUAACCGGAGGCACGAAGGACACCCAGGAGAUGAUAAACUUCUGCACGGCAAACAAAAUCUACCCAGAUAUUGAAUUGAUAAAGAUAGACUACAUCAACGAGGCUCUUGAGAGGCUGGUCAACCGGGAUGUGAGGUACCGGUUUGUAAUCGACAUAGAGAGCUCUUUAAAGUAAUAUCUCCGCGGUUGGCACAUUUCGGAUCCUUAUGGAAGCAUGUAGAAUAAGUAGAAUCUUGCACACAAUCGCGACUGUUUUCCUCUGUAAUGUUGUGAUAUAUUUUCCUGUCCAUGUGUUUCGAUAACGCAUAUGUUAUGUGGGGACAGCAGUAAAGUGGAAGGUAGCUCUAGCCGUGCGGGGGACAAAACUUGUCUUUCAAAUUACUUUGAACUAGGCAGUUGAUAAAACAUCAAAAGGUUGUAUACAUGUUAAAGAUUAUAUUGAUUUCCUUCUUUCUUGA